AUGAAUCACAGUCGCUUCUUCUUCGUCGUCGCGGUAUUCUUCUUCGCCUCGCUUAUUAGAAGCUGCAAAGGCCUCAAUGGCGUCGCCGAACCGGCCGAGAUUGCCAUCGUGGAGGCCAAAACCUCCCACCGCGCUCUCACGAACUAUGACAAAACUCAUCGCCGCAUCCGUAGACUCGAGAAGGUACCUGCUUCCGAAGACGACACGGUUGCUGCAGAUGAGGAGGAACAGCUGCUCCCGGUUUUCAGCAAGCUCAAGUCAUUUUUCAGCAAGAGUCCAAGCUCAGCGAUAUCGUUCGAGAAGAACUCUGCAGCGCUCAAGACGCUCGAGCAACAUCCUGCCAGAGGACUCGCGAAUCGGACGGCUAACGAACAGCCGGACGACUCAGACAACGCGUGCUCGGGAGCGAGCACAACGAACGAACGAACGAACGGCAAGCGGGGCGUGGCGCAGAGUUACGAGAGACCUCGGUGGACAGCUACACGGCAGUGGACGACGGCGAAGGCGACGAACAGGGAGCAUACGGCUUCCGAGUCUCUCGACGGCUGCGACGAAGACGGCGUGGUGAACGGAGCCCAAGUCGUGCACGGCGGGCACGACACGACCGCGGUGGCCACGACGAACCGCAGCUCGGCGACGGUGGACAGUAUGAUGACGGUGCACAGCGGCAUGGCGACGGAGACGCACGAGGAGCACAGCAGCACCACGCUGGCGCCGACAGCCAGCAGGAGGCUCAUGAAGAAGGCAGCUGAGCCUGCCACACGACGAAGUGCACCCGGCAGCCUCGACGACAGCCUCUGGUGUGAGCAGUACGACACCAAGUGCGCGACGACGAACAACGAUGACGACUACGACACAGGCGACCAGCACGGACGUGCCGAACGCCAGUGUAGCGGUGGAGCCGAGGACUACGGCUACGGAGACUACUUUCGCCCUGACGACGGCGAGUGCAGCACCAGCAGUGGCUACACCAGCCCCACGUGCAACUGCAUCCCCAUCACCACAACCUACGGCGGCACGAGGCGCCCGACGCGAAGUAAUAGCGCCUCCGACGCGUGGGAAGAAGGCGGCGACGGCGCAGAAGACGCCGACGGUGACGACGAAGACGACGACACGUGCGAAGACAUCGGCGACAGCGCCGACGCCUACGAAGACGGUGACGACGCUGCCGACGACGGAGAAGCGCUCGACGAAGGGCGUGGCCACGGCGAACACGACGAAGGAGGCGACGAAGAUGCCCCAAUGGGCGACAUGCUCCAGCUGAGCGACAACGAGCUGAUGGUGGCGCAGAAGCGCAGCAAGUUCGUGAAGCGACUGCUGACGGACGGCAGGUACGCCAGCAUGACGGUCGAGACCAAGUUCGUGAUCAGCUCGCGGCCUCUGGACGUGGCAACGUUCCGCAAGCACAGCGUCGACACCCCAGGACUUCGGUCAACUCCGGUAGCCGUUCAUCUGAGCCUCGGCAACGUCUGCACUUCACAUCUGAACCUGGCGAUCUUCGGCCAACAACCUCAGCAGUCCUGCGUCUGUCGUAUCCGCAUCCCACACGCUUGUUCGACUUCGAAGUUGCACUGGGCGCCAGCUCCAUACGCCAAGGGCUCCACCAGGUUCUCCAUCACCGACGUCGUCCGGGCGUACCACGGUUGA